AUGACAUUACCAAAAUUUUCAUUGCUUGCCAAUAAAUUGGCCCAAAUACGUGCCAAACAGCUAGCCUUAAAUUUUAAAGAGGAUUAACUCAAGCCUUUGAUUUUAUCAGAUUCAAAAAUCAAUCAAUUGGUUCCAAACUUCUUCACAAGUCAAAAUAAUUUUGAGUUGUUUGAACUCAAAGAUGAAUACAAGACAAUACCUGACUCCCAAAACUUCAAUAGCACUAGCAACACAUUUACUCAAUUAAAAAUACCUAUAGGGUAGAAUUAGAAAUUAAGAACCCAAUUUACUAAAUUAUAAACUAAAUACGCAAGAAUAGGGAGACUAUUGGAAGUCUUAGAUUUAUAAGUAGGUUUUGUAGGAUACAAGCAUGCCUAUGCUGAUUUCUCUAAUCGCUAAAUAACAAUAGCAACCUUAGGUGUUUAUGAUUUUCUAUUCUAUAAAUAAGAAUUUGAUUAUAACAAAGACAUCAUAAUGAAUUCCUAUGUAAGUUACGUUGGCAAAUCGUCAAUCGAAGUUAAUAGUGAUUUAUUUUAAGAUAACCAAUUGGCUGCUACAGUUUCCUUUGUGAUGGUAAGUAGGAAUGCAGAAAAGUAUGACUAAGCUCAGCCUGUCCCACAAUUGUUGGAUGAAUUGCACCCUGACAUUAAGGAACCCUGCUUUAUUCGCAAACAAUUAGGAACUUUGAACUAAUAAAGGCGAAUUUAAGAGUCCAAACUAUAAUAGGAACCUCCUAAUCAAAACGAAUCAAGAUAUUUGCAUGAUAUGAUGAAAAAAAGAGAUGAUAGUCUCUUUAUAAGUCAAACAGAAUUGGAUAAGAACAUCAUGAUGCAUACUCAAGACAGAAAUCUCCAUGGUAAGGCCUUUGGUGGUCAUAUAAUGAAAGAAAUCAUCGAAUUAGGUUGGCUAGUGGGUUAUAAACAUGCCAUUGGAAAUGAUGUGUUCAUCAUACACAUUUUUGAUGUAACUUUCCUUGCUCCAGUUGCAAUAGGAAGUAUCAUCAAUCAAUCUGGAAAGAUCUGUUAUGUAGAAGACGACAUAAUGAUAAUUUAAGUGUAAGUAGAUGUCCACAAUUACAAAGAUAGCAAGGUAACAAUUUUGAAAACAUCUGAAGUCUACUUGGCUAUGAAAUCAUCAGUGCCAAUCAAACAAGUUUAGCCAUAAACAUACGAAGAAGCAAUGCUAUUCCUACAUGGUAAAAGAUUGAUGGAAAAAUUGAAAUAUGAUUGA